AUGUCGAACCCCAAGGAGACCACCCAGCAGAGAGCCCACGUCGUAGCCCUUGAUGGAAGCGAAGACGCUGAUAAGGCCUUCGUGUGGGCGUUGAGGAACCUGCCCAAGAACGAUAAGCUCGUCCUCGUGCAUGGCAUCCACACGCAGCCGCUCGAGAACCCGCACAUGGACUGGAUGGACCAGGCCACCACCCUUUCUCGCGAGGAGCGCGCCCGGCUGGCAAAGGAGCGACACAAGGCACUCUUCAGCCACUACGAAAAACGCUGUAAGGAAGCCGACCGCGUGUGCACGUUUGAGACGAUCAAGUUCCGAAGCAAUGGCGAGCUGGCCAACAACAUCUGCCAGGUGGCUGAGGAGGAUCGUGCCUCCACUGUCAUCGCCGGCUCGCGAGGCCUGGGCCUGUACGACCGCGUCAUGCUGGGUUCCGUUAGUACCGCCCUGCUCAACCGGUGCCGCUGUUCCGUUCUCAUCGCGCGCGACUCUUCGUAG